AUGGAGAAGCCUCUUGGUGCCGUUAGAACGCUGGCCUGGUCGCUUGACGGUUAUUGUCUAGCAGUCGCAUGGCGUGCUUAUGGGUUUGCCCUCUGGAGCGUCUUCGGGAACCUUCUAUAUACGACUCUGUUGGAUCAGACUGAAGUCACCCGUCACCUCUGUUCUCUCAGUUUUUGUUGGACCCUUAAGGGCUUUCGAUUAUGGACCGUAGCAUACUUUCUGGACGAUUCUGACCGACAGGCAAGAAGGGCUAAUUUAGUGGAGUUCCGUGAUCGACUUCUGAACAAUUGCAAUCAAUUACUCUCGACUCGGCGCCAGAUUGCAAACAAUUUGUCCAGGAUGAAGGCUGAGCUGGAUGCCGAUUCACGAGUUGGAGACCGUCAAUUGGGUUACAGUGACGACGCUGGUAGUGACUGGGAAAGCAACAACGGUGUUUUCCUGAUGAUCUUCAACUUAGCGAAAUCUGCUCUCGUUUUGAAUCCCACCGCUGACAAUCAUCUGCACACUCUCCUAUGCACCCCGGAUUCCAUACUGUUGUGUGUUCGACGUUUCCUGCACUGCUGUCGGAAUCUGUUCAAGUUUCCAGUCCCCCACUCCUACGUUCGCCAAAAUUUUCCCAUGAGGUUUGCGUCGCUCAACACCGCCGGGACACGUCUGGCUGUCUCGGGUUGUCGUGGUUUCGCUGUUUGUUACCUCUCAACUCUCUCCUGGCGUCUCUUUGGAAACGUGUCUCAGGUCAGUUUUACGCCAUGCCAUGCCCUGCCCCUAUACCCCCUUUCACUACCCUGA